AUGCGGUGGACAGCAAUUUUGACGCUCUUAUUAUGCGCAACAGCGAUAAUUUGUGUUUUCGGUGCGAAAUCAACGACGAAGAAAGGAGGACAUUUGGUCGGAGGGACUGCUGUGAAACGGCCAGCAGGAGGAAAAAGAGUUGCGAUUCCAAAUAAGAAUAUUCAACGAUUGAAUCAAAAGAGAUGGAGAGAGCCACCAAGAGAUUGCUCAGAUGCUCCAAAACAUUUGAAGCAGACUUGUUUGAUGAUUCGUCGUAUGGACCUUGCCACCCGCCGUCGUUUGGCCCGCCAAUCCGUCCGUCAAACCCGCCCAAAUCAAGUUCCAAACUGGCUCCAACCAAUUCCAGUACCAGCAAAUGCUCGUGGACAAGCCGCUUAUCACCCAUACGAUUGUAUGACUCUUCUCUGUCUGUGCCCAUUCUUCAAUGGUAGAAACGUAAACGGACAAUGCGUUUUGUCAAAUGGUGUUGUGUUGCAAAUGUCGUGGAGAAAGGAGUACCGUAUGAUGUCUGAAGCCGAGAGAGCCAGAUGGCACAACGCUUUGAACACUUUGAAAAGAAACGGAGAGUACGAUCGUUUGUCGCGUCAGCAUUUGGAAGUUGGAGUCGGAUCUGGUGCUCACUCUGGACCAGGAUUCCUCCCAUGGCAUAGAGAAUAUCUCAAGAGAUUCGAGAUUGCUCUUCGUAUGGUUGACCCACUUGUGUUCAUUCCAUACUGGGACUCUGUUAUGGAUUCUUAUCUUCCUGAUCCAAGAGAUUCCAUAUUGUUCUCGGAUUUGUUUGUCGGAGGAACUGACUACUACGGAAACGUCGUCACUGGACCAUUCGCCUAUUGGAGAACUAUUGAGGGAAGAUCCACGAUUUUGAGAAACCUGGGAGCUGAGGGACAACUGUUCAAUGAGAAUCAAGUUAACACCAUCGUCGCUCAAAAUACAAUCGAAAACACUUUGGCCUACACUGCACCACAACCAGGUUGCCCAUAUCCAAAUAACUAUGGAGCCAUUGAGUACUCUCACUCGAACAUCCAUCUUUGGAUCGGAGGAGACAUGAAACCACCAAGCACUUCUGCCAACGAGCCAAUCUUCUUCAUGCAUCACUCCUUUGUCGACUAUCUCUGGGAACUCUGGCGUCAACUCCAACAACCAAGAUGGCUCCGCGAGCAAGCCUACUCUGCCGAUCAUCCAACAUGCGCCAAUUGGCAACACUUCAGUUACGCUCCAAUGAGACCUUUCCCAUAUUUGGUGAACAGAGACGGACUCUCCAACUCAUACACUGACCAAAUGUACCGUUAUGCUCCACGUGCCACAUGCUCUCAUCAGAGACCAAACUGCGGAUCACCAUACUUGUUCUGUGAUACUAGAGGAUAUCCACAUUGUGUCUCCAAGAUUCGAUUGAAUGGAAAUUGCCGUGGAUUCGAGCAGGCCGAUGCUUGUUACGCCUCUAGAUGCUGGUGGGGACGAUGUGUCAAUGCUAACUUUGCUGCUGCUCGCAUGAAGGGAGCUCGUAUCCACUCAAACUCCACCUUGGAUCUCGAACUAGCCGCCCAAGUGACCUUCAACGGAACCAAAGUCGAGCGUGUUCCACUUGUCAAGAGAAUUUCCGUCAAGAUGACAGCCCCACUUUUCGUUGAUUGCUACAACCGCAUGCCAUGCUGUGAUGCCUGGUCAAAGAAUGGAGGUUGCCAACGGGAACCAGAAUUCAUGAGUCAGUACUGUCAAGCCAGCUGUAAUGCAUGCACUCCAUCCUACAAUACCACUGAUUCAUGUGCUGAUAGACAUGUUAACUGUGUAGCUUGGAAGGCAGAUAAGAUGUGCUCUGGAAAAUCAGCUGAUUUCAUGUCAGAGAACUGCAGACACAGCUGUGGAAAAUGCGAGUUGGCGAGAGAAUCUCAAUGCUUCAAGAAUGGAAAGAUAAUUCCAAUCCCAGUUUCCCAAAAUCUUCGUGAAUCCAUCUCGGAUUCUCUCAUGUCUGAAGUGACAAAUAAGAUCAAAAAAGUCAAGAAGCAAGAGAUUGAUGCCACCAAAAAAGUCCGCCAUGGUUAG